CGCUGUUGUGGCUGCAAGGCAACUCAGUCGGUCAGUGAGUCAGUCCUCUUCUCUCUUCAACCGCGAUUCACAGCCUGAGGUUAACCCCACGAGUCUUUUCAACUCACCCACCAACUACUGCCGGUGUCCCUUGAGCAAGCUGCACCCCUUUUCUACACCUUUUACUCCCGCAGGUGCUGCAGUAGCAGCAAGUAGAAAAUACCAGAGGAGCCAUCAGUGGAACGAGACGGUGGUGAAUGUCGACAGGAUGUCCAGCCAGAUGACCGUUUCUAUGUGAAUGGAUUAGGUGAGUUGUGACCAUGCGCUGUCUGGCUGCUCGGGUGAACUACAAGACCCUCAUCGUUAUCUGCGCCCUCUUCACACUCAUCACUGUGUUGCUGUGGAACCGCUGCUCCAGCGACACCGCCCUUCACUUCCUGCCCCGUGCUGCCUUCGUGGCUCCAAGUCCCAGGGUGGGAGAUGCUAGCAUCAGCAGCCAGCAACACCCUCCGCAGCCUCCAGAACCCCCACCUGUCGUCGGUGUUGUCAAUGGGAUCAAGUACGAAGAAAUCGACUGCCUGAUCAAUGAUGAAUCUACAAUCAAGGGCCGACGGGAGGGUGCAGAGAUCUACCUGCCCUUCAGUUGGAUGGAGAAGUACUUUGAGGUGUACGGCAAAGUAGUGCAAUAUGACGGCUACGAUCGUUUUGAGUUCCAGCACAGCUACUCGAAGGUGUACACGCAGCGUGAGCCCUAUCACCCCGAUGGUGUCUUCAUGUCCUUUGAGGGAUACAACGUGGAGGUCCGCGACCGUGUCAAGUGUAUAAGUGGAGUAGAAGGUGUGCCUCUGUCCACUCAGUGGGGUCCUCAGGGCUACUUCUACGCCAUCCAGAUCUCCCAGUACGGUUUAAGCCAUUACAGCAAAAACCUGACUGAGCGGCCGCCCCACGUAGAGAUCUACGAUACAGCCGAGGAGAGAGAUAGCCGAGCCAGCACAGCACCCUGGAGUGUGCCGAAAGGUUGCAGUCUCAGCCGCAUCUACGACAAGACCCGCACCACCUCCGUGCGUCAGUUCAGUGCUCCAGAGUCCUCAGACGGUGUGGCCCUGCAGCUGGGUAACUCCAAAGACUUCAUCCUCAGCUUGGACAUCAAGUUCGUCACCAACGGCAGUGUGUCUGUGAUCCUGGAGACCACAGAGAAAGGGCCGCCCUUCACCAUCCACUACGUGACCAGCACACAGCUCAUCGCCUUCAAAGAUCGGGAAAUCACCUACGGCGUCGGGCCGCGAACCACUUGGAGCACUCUGACCCGCGACCUGCUCACCGACCUCAGGAAGGGUGUCGGACUGUCCAACACCAAGGCUGUGAAGGCCACUAAGAUCAUGCCCAGACGAGUGGUGCGAUUAGUCCUACAUGGACGUGGCUUUGUUGACAACGUCACUAUCUCCACCACCGCCCACAUGGCCGCCUUCUUUGCAGCCAGCGACUGGCUGCUGCGCAACCAGGACGAACAUGGCGGCUGGCCCAUUAUGGUCACACGUAAACUAGGUGAAGGCUUCCGGCCUCUGGAGCCCGGCUGGUACUCGGCCAUGGCCCAGGGCCAGGCCAUGUCCACCCUGGUGAGAGCCUACCUCCUCACCAAGGACCAGGCUUACCUCAACGCUGCCCUCAAGGCAGUUGGACCCUACAAGGUGCCUUCAGCGCAGCACGGGGUCAAAGCUGUGUUCAUGAACAAAUACGACUGGUAUGAAGAAUACCCCACCACGCCCAGCUCUUUCGUCCUCAAUGGCUUCAUCUACUCCCUGCUGGGACUCUAUGAUUUGACUGAGACAGCUGGCGAGAAGGUUGGCAGGGAGGCCGGGCAGCUGUUCAGCCGCGGCAUGGAGUCGCUGAAGGCCAUGCUGCCGCUCUAUGACACUGGGUCUGGGAGCAUCUAUGACCUGCGCCACUACAUGCUGGGCACUGCGCCCAACCUGGCACGCUGGGACUAUCACACCACGCACAUUAACCAGCUACAGCUGCUGGCAUCCAUAGACAACGCCCCCAUCUUCAAGGAUGUGGUGAAGCGCUGGAAAAAUUACUUGAAAGGGAUUCGGGCCAAGCACAACUAGACAAA